AAAACUCUUUUGUCACAGUUGCCGCGAAUGCUGUACUUAUCUAACAAUCUCAGUUUCCCUUCGAAUAUAAUACAAUAAACCCCCGAACCACGACACAUUUAUGAUCUUCCACACUUUCAUACGUGGCUGCUCGGACCAAUUCUUCUUUUGCUUCAAUUAAUUUCGCAAAUUGGUGAUGUGGGUUCGUAGAUUUUGGUUCCGAGCGUGUAAUCGGAGGUGGGUUUGCCGAAAUGUUGCAGAAAUCUGAAGAAUUUCAUCGGCAAAAGCUGAGAUUGCUGAGAAAGCGGCGGUCUUGAAUGUGCAUUUUACGGCGAGGUGUGUUGUUUUUGGGUGUUAUUAGUUGCUGGGUUUAGUUUGGUAGUGGGAUUUGAGAAUUAGGUUUGAUUAAUUUUUUGGUAUUGUGGUGAGUAAUUUAGAAUUGGUUUGUAGCAAGUUGAAGAGAUUGAUGAUGUUGUUGGUAGAAUUUUGGUGUUGGGUUUUCGGAUUGCAAGUGAUUUUUUGAUCUGGUGGUUUUUGUGAACUUUUGCUGGUGUUGCAAUUGUUUAAGUUUCUUAUUUUUGCUAUGAACUUAUGAUUGCUGAAAUCUUAAUAGAUUGAAAGAGUAAACUUAAUUGACUAAAAUUUGCUUCUUGUAGUUUCUGAAUUUCGUUGCGAACUUAUGAUAAGUGAAAUCAUAAUACAUUAAAAGAGUAAACUUUACUUUACUAUUGUAAAAUGUCAUUCUGGUUGAAUGUGCUAUAAAGUGAUGGGGGUAUUGAGGUUUUGAUGAACAAAAAUUCCAAAGUGAGCAGCCUAUGUAGCGCUCCUUCCAUCGAUUUCUGUUCUUUUAGUUUGAGAAGUGCAAUAUUUGGACAGUGGUGUUUGUGAAAUUGGGGUCCUCAAUCAAAUUUAAGAACUGACAUAUAUGGUAAUUUGCUCCUUUACAGUUUAGACACACAGUGAGGGCAAAAACUAGGGAUGGCUGUGGCAAAUAUGCUCGAGAAUUUUGUUAGAGAUGGAUCCUUCAAAUGGUUGCUUGGAGAUCGUAGCCCUUAUGAUGAAGAAUUGGAGGAUAUGGAAAAAUCUCCUUCUGCCCAGACGAAUUGGGUUCCCGAGCUAUCUCCAAUUGCAAACAUAGUUGUCCGAAGAUGUUCAAAAAUCCUUGGUGUUCCUACAACUGAGCUUCGUGAAGGCUUCAAUUCUGAGGCUUCUGAAUCUAUAAAGCAUCCAUCGUGUUAUGCUAGGAACUUUUUGGAAUACUGCUGUUUCCGAGCACUUGCUCUGUCCACUCAAGUAACAGGUCAUCUGGCUGAUAAAAAGUUUCGACGCUUGACAUAUGACAUGAUGAUAGCUUGGGAGGCUCCGGCUGUUUCUAGCCAACCUUUACGAAAUUUAGAUGAGGAUUUAUCCGUUGGGUUAGACGCUUUCUGUAGGAUAGCUCCAGCAGUUCCUAUUAUUGCAAAUGUGAUUAUCAGUGAAAAUCUUUUUGAGGUGCUUGCAUCUUCAAGCGAUGGGAGACUUCAGUUGUCCACAUAUGACAAGUACCUAAGUGGACUAGAAAGAGCAAUAAGAAAAAUGAAAAGCCAAUCAGAGUCAUCACUUCUUUCUGCCAUGCGAUCAUCAAAAAGAGAGAAGAUUCUGGAAGUAGAUGGAACAGUCACUACCCAACCAGUUCUUGAGCAUGUAGGAAUUUCUACAUGGCCUGGAAGGUUAAUUCUGACAGAUCAUGCACUUUACUUCGAGGCCCUGCGUGUUGUAUCUUAUGACAAGGCAAAACGAUAUGAUCUAUCAGAUGACUUAAAACAACUUGUGAAAGCUGAGUUGACUGGCCCAUGGGGUACUAGACUGUUUGACAAGGCAGUCUUUUAUAAAUCAAUUUCAUUAUCAGAACCAGCUAUAAUAGAGUUUCCUGAGCUGAAGGGGCAUACACGUCGUGAUUACUGGCUAGCAAUCAUACGGGAGAUUUUAUACGUUCAUCAAUUUAUAAAUAAAUACCAGAUCAAGGGGAUAAAAAAGGAUGAAGCACUUUCAAAGGCAGUGCUUGGAAUUCUGCGACUACAAGCAAUUCAAGAAAUUAUCUCUCAAACUGAUUUAUGCUACGAGGGUCUUCUAAUGUUCAAUCUUUGUGAUCAAUUACCAGGUGGAGACUUGAUACUUGAAACCAUGGCAGAAUUGUCAACUUCUAAAAAAUUAGAUAGGUCUAACAAUUCUAAGCCAGGAGGUGGAAUGUAUUCGAUCUCAGCCUUGGAUAUGAUCUCUAACUUGGGAUUUGCAUUUGGAACAAGUUCUAAUAAUUCUGUUGAGGCUGGGCUUGCCGUGGGUGAGAUAACUGUGGGAGAAGUUACUUUGCUGGAAAAAGCAGUUAAGGAAUCUAAAAGCAACUAUGAAAAAGUGGCGCUAGCACAAGCAACAGUAGAUGGAGUCAAAGUGGAAGGGAUCGAUACAAAUUUUGUAGUGAUGAAGGAGUUACUGUUUCCAAUGACAGAAUUAGGGAAGUGCCUGCAAUCUUUGGCAUUUUGGGAGGAUCCAUUGAAGUCUUUGCUUUUCUGUUGUGUUUUCACUUACAUCAUUUGCAGGGGAUGGCUGAGCUAUGCCUUUGCAUUGACGCUCGUCUUUAUGGCGGUCUUCAUGGUUCUCACUCAAUAUUUUAGCCAAGGAAAGUCCACUCACGAGGUUAAGGUGUUAGCCCCUCCAGCGAUGAAUACGAUGGAGCAGCUUUUGGCUGUUCAGAAUGCAAUAUCUCAAGCUGAAGAGGUCAUCCAGGAUGGGAACGUUGUUCUUCUCAAGCUACGUGCCUUGUUGCUGUCCAUUUUUCCUCAGGCGAGUCAAAGAUUUGCGAUAGCUCUUCUAGUUAUGGCUUUGGCUCUGGCUUUCAUGCCCGUCAAAUAUAUUGUGCUAUAUAUCUUUUUGGAGACUUUUACGUGUUAUUCGCCGAUGAGGAGAUCGAGCACGGAGAGAUGGAUGAGAAGAUUGCGAGAGUGGUGGUUCAGCAUACCAGCGGCGCCCGUUAUUCUUGAAAGAGAAAAGGAAGAGAAGAAGAAGAAAUGAUGAUGUAACUAUUUGCGAAAUGUAUUAUAAAUGUCCAGGUAACGUUUUUCUGUACUACAUAGAGAGAAAGUGUGUGUAUAUCUUUACAAGGAAGUCGAAAUAAGCUCCUAUAUAGUAUGAGAUUCAAGGAAAAAAGAAAGAAAAUAAAUAAAUAAAAAGGUUUGUUUGUCCAA